AUGGUUGAUGCUGAAGAGCCUCAUGAACCUGAAUUCUUAGUUGUCGGUGAGCCUUCUGAACCAGUAGUUGUUAAAAAUAUUCUUCGAAGGGUUGAAAUUAUUCAGAGAAAAAGAAAGGCCAGGGAAGUUCUGCUACUUGAGUGGAAGACAGACAAAUUUGUGCUAAUUGGAAAUGCUUACCCUGUGCCAUACAAUUCAGAAGAAGUGGCCAAGUUGUUAAAGUUUCUUGAUCGAAAAAGGAAGGGAAAAAUAGCUCGUGGUGAGAUUGUGGAUGAAGAAUCUGAUAUAGAGAUGUUCGGAGAUGAUGAAGAGGAGGAUGAAGAUGAGGAGGAUGAAGAUAAGGAAGAUGAAGAUAAAUCUGAUGACAAAGAUGAUGACAAGGCUGAUAAAGAUGAUAAAGAUGAUGAUGACAAUGAUCAAGGUGCUUCUGGAUUAUUAAUCAGAGAUCCAGCUGUUCAAGAAAAGGUGGAUGAGUUAAUGAACAACGAAAUCAAUGAACAGGAGGAUGAAGAUCAGAAUGAAGCAUCAUCAUCUGGAAAGCAACCUGUUGAUCAGGUACUUCUCUCAAAUCCUACCAUCUUUUAUUUAAAUAUUCAACAACAAGGAGAGGUAGAGAUUACAAGAACAAGGGCUGAAAUGCUUGAGGAAUUGGGGUUAGAAGAUGGAAAGUUCAAGUUCGACAUUGAAGAUGAAAUACCUCAGUCCCCUGCAAAGGAUUUUGAGCCUAGAUAUCCCCAUGAAGUAGAUCAUUAUGACGAUGUAAUUAUUGAAAGUGCUUCAGAUUCGGAGGAAGAUAGAUAUGAUUUUCACUAUGAAGGGGAAGAUGCGGCAUUUCCAUCGUUUACAGAGAUGUUUAAAGAUAAAAAUGAAGAUGAGAUCAGGAGAAAGAUUGUAGAAAAGAUUUCUACUGAAGAUAUUCCUGAACCAGUUCCAAGAGAGAUUCCUGCAGAAGAAAGAAAGAAGUGGUUCAAGAACAUGCCAAAAGAAAGAAAAACUCUCAGGGCGCUUCAAUUUUUCACACAUAACAAAGAUCUUUCUUGGGGAGACAUCUUGUCUUGGGGAUACUUAGAAGAUCUUAAAGUUUAUGCUAUCAGACGGGAGUAG